AAUUUCCCCUUGUACUGCUUCCGUUCCAUUCUUUGGCAUUAAGUAAUCGUUCAUCUUUCUUUCGAUUCUUCUACGUCUUGAUAAUUUUUUCUCUUGCAGCGGGCAGUUUCUUAACCUAUCGUCUCGCUUGAAUCUGAUAGAAGUCCAUCAUCUUCUCCCUCGUCCGUGGGAGGGGAUUCAGACCUUUCGAAACUGAUGCAGAGAUUGGGAUUGUUGAAAAUUUUUGGGUUCGAAAUGGAAAAAGAUAGCUACCAGCAAGUAUCAGGGCAAAAAUAUGAAUGCGUUCUGUUUGAUGUUGAUGAUACCCUUUAUCCUCUAAGCUCUGGGAUUUCUGCAGAAAUAACAAAAAACAUUGCUGUAAUUUGCCUCUUCUGUGGAUGUCUUUCUCAAGAGUAUAUGGUCACAAAGCUUGGCAUAGAUCAGACCAAUGUUACUGAAAUGGCAUUGCAACUAUACAAGGAUUACGGAACAACAAUGGCUGGUUUGAGGGCCAUUGGUUACGACUUUGACUAUGAUGACUAUCAUAGUUUUGUACAUGGACGAUUACCUUAUGAGAUGUUAAAGCCUGAUCCAGUCUUAAGGAACCUUCUGCACAGCUUGCCGAUUCGCAAAGUGAUAUUCUCAAAUGGAAAUGAAGCCCAUGUCGCUCAGGUAGUUAGUAGACUUGGAUUAGAGGACUGCUUUGACGGAGUCAUUUGUUUUGAGACUUUAAAUCCUACUCACAAUAGCAGUGAACCAAAUGAUGAUGAUGUUUCAGAAAUCCCAAAGACUCCAGUUAUCUGCAAACCAUUUGAGGAGGCCUUUGAGAAGGCUUUUAAGAUAGCUGGGAUGAACCCUGAGAAGACUUUGUUCUUUGAUGAUUCUAUUCGUAAUCUUAAGACUGCAAAGAGUACAGGGCUCCAUACCAUUUGGGUCGGAUCCUCUCACCAAACAACUGGAGUAGAUCAUGCACUUGAAAGCAUCCACAAUAUGAGAGAGGCAUUGCCUGAGCUAUGGGAAGCAAUUGGAGCAUCAGAUGUUUGCUCCACUGAAAAAGCUGCAAUUGAAACUCCAGUUAGAGCUUAAAUCUCUAAUUCUUGAGGGCAUCAAGAUCCAUAGUUUCCCCUCUGACUAGGAUCUCACCAUGCCUGUUAAUACUUUUAUCAGUGGAUGUGGGUCUUGUAAUGUGAUCAAAGAGUCUGUUUCAAGUCUAGUCAUGUACUUUGUAUUCCUUUUCUGCAAUACUGCUGUUUCUUGAAUACUCUGCCAAUGAUAAUUGCCUAAUGUGUCCUGCUAAUGCUUGGUUAGUCC